AUGUUACCUUUUGCUCAACUGUAUCCUAAAGAGCAAGUACUUGGAUUUUGGGGUGAUAUAACAUCCACCAUCGAUUGGUGUGAAGAGAAUUAUGUGGUUAGUGACUACAUUGCUGAAUUUGUUAAUACUGUAACUAAUUCAAUAUUUAUUAUGUUGGCAUCAUUUGCCGUUGUACAUACUUAUUUGAAUCAUUUGGAGAUUAGAUUUGUAUUCACAGGGUUGGGUUUUCUUUUAGUGGGUGUAGGAUCUUGGUUAUUUCAUAUGACUUUACAAUAUCAUUUCCAGUUAUUAGAUGAAUUACCAAUGAUUUAUGCUACAUGUAUUCCAUUUUGGUCAGUGUUUAGCGAGUUCCAAAAUACUAAAAGUAGUUGGUUCAUUGGUUUGGGGAUCUUCAUGGCUGCUAAUUUGUUAACUUCCAUUUACCUUUUUGUAUUGAGAGACCCUACUUUACAUCAAGCCGCUUAUGGGAUCUUGAAUUUCAGUAUCAUUGUUAAAUCAUUUUUAUUGAGUAAGAAAUACGUCAAAGAUGAUAAAGCUAAACAAAAUUUAGAUAGUACAAUGAUAAGAGGGGUUGGACUCUUCUUAUUUGGAUACUUCUUAUGGAAUGUGGACAUUCAUUUCUGUUCCAAUUUGAGAAGUAUGAGAAGAGCUGUAGGAAUCCCUUAUGGAUUUAUUUUAGAAGGACAUGGAUGGUGGCACAUUUUCACUGGUUUGGGUGUUUAUCAUUAUUUGAUUUAUGAAGAAUAUUUAAGAUGUUUCUUGAUUGGUGAAGAAAAAUUCUUCAAAUUCGAAAGUUUUAUAGGUUUACCUAUUGUAGUAUGUCACGAUGAGAAGGGAUUGAAGAAGUUUAGAGCUUCCAAACAGAAAAUCGAUUAG